UUUGCAGGCUUGAGCGCGACUCCAGCUCUCCAAUGGCGGUAAAGGACGGAGCAAGCUAUCGCAUCUCUGCGACGCCAGCGAUCAUCGUGGCGCAGUUAAUGGGCGUAGCAUCGCUGACUCUCAUGCUCGUCUGGCUCUUGAAAUUUAGAGGAGGCAUUUCUGUCAACACUGAUAAUAUACAACGCGAUUUCAAUGGGCACCCAUUUUUCAUGCUGCUUGGGCUCAUUUUCUUAGGAGGCCAAGCGAUUAUGGCGUAUAAGACGAUUCCAGGGAGUAGGAGGACACAGAAGUUUGUUCACCUGUUCUUGCAUCUGAUGGCUCUUGGCUUGGGAAGUUUAGGACUCUACGCUGCCUUCAAAUUCCACAAGGAUACUAAACUGGCAGAUAUGUACAGUCUGCAUUCUUGGUUGGGGAUGGGCGCGUUCGUCCUCUACGGUUUACAGUGGUUACUUGCAUUCUUCACCUUUUGGUUCCCUGGAGCAACGAUGAUGGCUCGGGCAAAUUAUUUGCCAUGGCAUGCUUUCUUCGGUAUAGUAAUCUUCCUAAUGGCCAUAAUCAGUGCAGAGACAGGACUGGUUCAGAAAUCCUUCUACUCGGAUCUUAUUCAUGGUAGCCAAGCUCUCCUAGUAAAUUUCACGGGGGUUGCUAUCUUCUUGUUUGGAAUCGCCACAAUUCUAACUGUUAUACUCCCACGAGCAUAUUAACUAUGCUUUAUGUCAGCAAUUAUUCUUUAUUUUUAUAUAAAUAUAUAUGGUCAUCUCCUUGUUGAAAUUUAUUCAGAACUUACCAUUGUAAUUCUAUUGGAUUUGAUUGCGUAGGAUGAUAAUGUGUUGUAUCCUAACUGGUAAAUUUUUAGUUAUGUCCUAUUAAUAAAAUCUCUACUCCUGCUAAUUGAACUA